GGCGGCGAAUCAUCCCAGCAAUCACCUGUGGCCAUACUUGACAGGCGUGACGAACAGAAAGGGAUGGUCUUGGGGUGCACCUAAUCCGAGUCUUUACCUUCCCCUGCGACUACUGCUUAAGGAUUCGUCUUUGGAGGAAGAGGAUACGAUGCCUCCAACGACUGAGGGCGAUGCCACGUACUCUGUGCCGCCUAAAACUGAGGGUAAUACCAAUUUCCCUGAACCCCCGAGAAUGCAGGAUAGAGCCAGUUUCCCUGUGGCCCCAAGAAUGGAGGGUAGAACCAGUGUCCCUGUGCCCCAAAGAACGCAGGGUAGUGCCAGUUUCCCGGUACCUCCAAGAAUGCAGGGUAAUGCUAGUUUGCCUCUACCCCCAAGGAUACAGGAGAAUGCCAGUUUUCCUGUGCCCCCAAGGACACAGGGUAGUGCCAGUUACCUUUUAACCACAAGAAUGCAGGGUAGAGGUAUUUACCCUGAAUCUCCAGGGAAUCAGAGUAGUGCCAAUUACCCUGUACCUCCAAGGACACAGGGUGGUGCUAGUUACACUGUACCCCCAAGGACACAGGGUAGUGUCAGUUACCUUUUAACCACACGAAUGCAGGAUAGAGGUAUUUACCCUGAAUCCCCAGGGAAUCAAGGUAGUGCCAAUUACCCUGUACCUCCAAGAACACAGGUCAGUGCAAGUUUUCCUGUACCCCCAAGAACGCAGGGUAGUGCUAUUUACCCUGUACCCCCAAGGAUACAGGACAGUGUCGGUUUCCCGGUACCCCCAAGGGCACAGGGUAGCGUCAGUUACAUUUUACCCACAAGAAUGCAGAGUAGUGGCAAUUACCCUGAAUCCCCAAGGAAUCAGGGUAGUGCCAAUUACCCUGUACCUCCAAGGACACAAGGUGGUGCUAGUUACCCUGUACCUCCAAGGACACAGGGUAGUGCCAAUUACCCUGUACCCUCAAGGAUGCAAGGUUGUGUCAGUUUCCCUGUACCUCCAAGGACACAGGAUAGCGCCAGCUACCCAGUACCCCCAAGCACGCAAGAUGGUCUCCAUUUCCCUGUACCCCCAAGGACACAGGAUAGGGUCAGCUUCCCUGUACCUCCUCCUAGGAUACAGGGUAGCAUCAGUUGCCCAAGGACACAGGAUAGGGUCAGCUUCCCUGUACCUCCUCCAAGGAUACAGGGUAGCAUCAGUUCAGGGCCCCAGGGCAGUGUCAGUUAUCCAGCACCACCAAGACCUCAAGAUAGUAUCAGCUACCCAGUACCUCCAAGGUCCCUAGAUAGUGUCAACUACCCUGUACCUUCAAAGUCUCCAGAUAGCAUCAGUUACCCUUUACCACAAAUACCACAAGAUAGUCUCAGUUACACUGUAACUCAAGAUGAUGUUAGUUACCCAGUACCUCCAACGACAGAGAGUAAUACUAGCUAUCCUGUUAGUACACCAUGCACAAUGCCUGAAAUGAUAGGACAUGGCCACUGUUCUGGAUAUCGAUCCAGAGGACGUAAUGUGCAUAAUUUGGUACCCAUUAAGAAAGAAGAGCCUACCCUUGACGAACAGUUAGAGGAAGAUCCUGCAGUUUUCAGCAAUGACUCUCAGUAUUGUGAACGAACUAGCGAAGUAAAAUCUCUCAUACAGUAUUGCGAACCAGUUAGCGAUGUAAAAUCUAUAAUCAAAACGGAAAACUUUCUCCAAGAAGACAUCUCUUUCAAGAAUGUAAAAACUGAAAGUGCUGAAGAUACUGCUAUGCAAGAUAUUGGUAUGCGUGAUUGUGGUCUUUCAGACCAAACGAAAGGGAGAACUUUCAUAAAGGAGGAGUUUGCUGAUCGAGGGGAAUUCAUACUUGAAGAUUCGUUCUUGAAGACCUCUAUUGUUGAAGCUGUUUGUGUCCAAAAUGUACAGCUCGAAGAAGAUGUGAAGCCCAGAGAUGAUGUGAGGAAACAAGAGGAGGAAACCAAAGUACAACCAGGUAGACUUGAUCAACUAUCAGAUGAAAACUUUAAUCAGACUAAGGAUACGGGAGGUAAAAACACGUCAGUCAUACGACCUGAUCAGCAAUCAGAUGAAAAUCUUAAUCAGACCAAGCAUACAGGAAGUAAAAACGGAUCAGUCAUACGACGGGAGUCAAAGAAAUGCAGAAUGCAGCGGUUAUUUGGCAAGACUGAUUCUCCGCCUAGACGUCCAAAGGUGUUGAGCACAAGGACCAAAAUCAAGUGUAAAAUUUGCCGUCUAGGUCGCAGUGAUGUGAAAGACCUACCGAAGCCACGCCCUCUCAGCCAAGAGAUAGCAACAUGUUCCUACGUGAUGCUGGAAGAGCUAGUCGACGAAUGUCCUCUCGGGCAUCUUCUGGAUCCUAGCAUUGCUUCAAUCAAUUUGCGUUCGGGGCUUGUGACUGUUUACUGCUCCGAAUGUGAUGUUAUUGUGUAUAUGCGAAAUAACAUUAUACCAAAAGUAAAAUGAAUUCUAGAUAUACAGGUUUUCAGAUUUUAUCGGACAUAAGGAUUGGCAUUUAAUACAAAUUUUACAUGUUAUGUAAUGCACUUCAUAUAGUUUUGUACAAAAAACAAACUUCAUAGGAAUAUAUGAAAAAAAUGUAUAUAUGUAAAUAUUGUGUUGUAUUAUACAACAGCAGUUUUUUUUGUUUGUUUUUUAUAUGUAAAUUGCACAUUAUAUAAGUUAUAGAUCAUACCAUGUUACAGAAAGCUUUAGAUGUUUUGGUAGAGUUGGUAGCUCAGGAAACAUAAAAUAAGACUGGAUUACCAAACCUGCAAUCACUGCGUCCCUUUGAUGAACCAAAACAUGGCUAAACUUUCAUAUGAUCUGCAUGAAACUGUAUCGACGUAUGUAACAACAAUAAUAAAAACGAUAAAACAUAUUAAGAAAUACAAAUAAAAAACUGAGGGGAUAGAAAAUGAAUCGCAGAUCUUUACUGUACAAAAAAUACACAAUUGUCACUGAGAACAGCAAGGGCACAGUCACAUGUGUUGGCAGUCUGGCAUUUGCGUACAAUAUGAACACUAAUCUUAUGAAUAGAAUAGGGAAUGGUAGGAAGGUAAAAUGAGGAAAAGUAGAUGGAGGAGUUAACAAGAUAGCCGGGUAAAGGAAAAGGUACGGGACAUCAUUAGCUGUGUGGUGCAGUAGUUAGGGUGUUCGUCUAGCAAGCUUGCUGACCAGCGUCCAAUCCCGCAAGCUGCCAGUGGAUGGUCACCCCAGCCAUUCGUUGCACACGGGGCGAUUUAGAAGUAAAAUAAAACACCAUGUCACAACAAAGAAUAUCCAAUUGUAACAAAUAGAAUUAAAACAAUCUUUAAUCUUUUAACAA